AGGUGAGCGUUUCGUAGACCGCGUCGCAACUCCUUGGUUAGAUCAGCGGAGAAGAAGCUCAUAAAGGGUUCUACUGUGGAGUGGCCUGGUGUGACUGUGUGUGUGUGAGAGUGUGUUGCCGAACGGCUGGUGUACGAUUUGAAAAAAAAAAAGAAAAGAAAGAACCGAACGAACGAACCAGCCCUCCGAAGGAGCAUCAUUUUACUUCGUGUGAACUCGUGCAGGGACGAUCGAGGUAGUAAACUUCCUAUUGCUGGGAAUGUUGAAGAACCUGCUUCUUGUUCAAGCAUCCUGCGAAGAGGUGGGGUUCCGGAUAUCUAAAGCGAGCGAACAGUGAACGCCUCCAUGAAAUAUUUAACCAGUACGCCUCGCAAGAGAAGAAUGGCGAGAGGUUCAUGACCCCGUCCGACUUCGUUAGAAGUUACCUUGGCCUUUACACAGAUACCGACUACAAUCCGGAUUCCGUCAAGCUGCUCGCCGGGAUCGUCGAUACCAGCAAAGAUGGGCUCAUAUCGUUCGCCGAGUUUCAAGCAUUCGAAGGACUGCUCUGUGUGCCGGAUGCCCUGUACAAGACAGCCUUCCAGUUGUUCGACACUAAUGGAAAUGGAAUGGUUGCGUUUGACGAGUUCGCUGAGGUGAUGCGGAAAACGGAGCUGCAUCUACGGAUGCCCUUCAACAUGGAUAGCAGUUUCAUUAAACUUUAUUUCGGAAAAGAUAAACAGAGACUGAUCAGUUACGCGGAGUUCAGUCAAUUCUUGCACGAUUUCCACGAGGAGUACGCGACAGAGGGCUUCAAGAAAUUCGACAAGGACGGGCAAGGUUUUAUCUCUGCGUUAGACUUUCAGGAUAUAAUGCUCAGCAUCAAGAGUCAUCUGCUGACCAAGGACGUGAAGGAUAAUUUAGUCGCCGCCACUAGUACCGGCCAGACGGGUAGGAAGGUCAGCUUUCCAUACUUCAUGGCGUUCAAUUCUCUGUUGAAUAAUAUGGAACUCAUAAAACGUAUUUACUUGAACGCGACGAAUGGGCAUCGAUUCGAAGAGGUUACCAAGGAGAGGUUCCUUCAUUCCGCACAAAUGAUGUCGCAGAUUACACCCUUGGAGGUGGACAUUCUCUUCCAACUUUGCGACCUUCUUCAUCAGACUGGAUCUACGGAAGAUGACGAGGCAGAUACGCGGCUUGGGAAAAUUGUAUACAAUGAUCUCGUGGCUAUUACACCUGAGCAGUAUUUCAAGCAAAUAACAAAACGUCUCGCCGAGAUUAAGGCGGUAUCGAGCCCGGACGAGCGUGGCGUGAUCGUACAAAUACUUGAGAGCGGAUAUCGAUUCCUGCUUGGAUCUAUCGGCGGAGCGGUCGGCGCUACGGCCGUCUACCCGAUCGACCUGGUGAAGACGAGGAUGCAGAACCAGAGGACUGGAUCGCUUGUCGGCGAGCUUAUGUACAGAAACAGCUUUGAUUGCUUGAAAAAGGUGAUCCGACACGAAGGUUUCUUCGGCCUUUACAGAGGUUUGUUACCUCAGUUGAUGGGCGUUGCUCCGGAAAAAGCAAUCAAAUUGACCGUCAACGACUUCGUCAGAGAUAAGUUCAUGGAUAAAAACAGCAAUUUGCCCCUUUACGGGGAAAUAAUAUCCGGUGCCUGUGCAGGUGGAUCUCAGGUAAUAUUUACAAAUCCCUUGGAGAUUGUGAAGAUUCGGCUGCAGGUAGCUGGAGAAAUAGCUGGGGGUUCGAAAGUCAGAGCAUGGGCUGUUGUCAAAGAAUUAGGACUUUUUGGUUUGUACAAAGGCGCGAGAGCUUGUUUUCUACGGGACGUUCCGUUCAGUGCUAUCUAUUUCCCAAUGUACGCACACACGAAAGCACGACUGGCGGAUGAAGGAGGGUACAAUACACCUUUGUCGCUCCUCGUUUCCGGGGCGCUGGCCGGUGUGCCUGCAGCAGCGCUGGUCACUCCUGCAGAUGUAAUUAAAACGAGAUUACAAGUCGUAGCUAGGGAAGGCCAGACCACUUACAGUGGCUUGAUGGAUUGCGCGAAAAAGGUUUACAAGGAGGAAGGCGCCAGGGCGUUCUGGAAAGGAGCCACAGCACGAGUGUUCAGAUCAUCGCCGCAGUUUGGUGUCACGCUCUUCACCUAUGAGCUUUUGCAGAGGCUUUUCGUAGUCGACUUCGGAGGAUCACGACCUACAGGGUCGGAACAAAAGGUACCUGCUACAGGUGUAGCGCAAGAGAUUCGAUCAACGAACCCUGAUCAUAUAGGCGGCUACCAAAUAGCUCUGCCCAUCUUUACGGGUAUAGAAUCGAAGUUCGGUCUUUGCCUACCCAGGUUCCAAGUGGUAACCAGCGGAAAAGAAUUAGAGCUAGAGAAGUAAGCUUGUAGUAACCUCCCGCCAUUACGAAACCCGAGUACGAGCUCCACAACACCACGAACCAAGUAAAUCCGAGUCUUUCGAGCUAUUGUCAUCAAUCGACGUUGGCGAAACUUGUUGCGUUGUCAAGCGCGACUUUGACCGAGGAAUAUCGAGACAAUGCAUUCUUGGAGUUGCAGAACCUUUGUACGGAGUCUCGGAACGUCGGAACACGAGGAAACCGAUUUUAGAGAAAAUUUAUGGCAACCAAACGAACGAAAUUCGGACGCAGAAAUAUUGAAACCUCGAGGAACUUAGUAAUUUUUUCCAAAUUUAUGUUCGAACCUAAAGCAUAUCUUGAUUCGAGGAAACGAAGAAAUACUUUCACAGAAGCAGUAAGUGGAGCAGCAGGAUCUAAUCGUAGGAUUCUCUUAAUCGGCGUGCCGUGAAAGGGAAACAAGA